AGAGCUGGUGACCACUUGGUUGAAUGUAGUUGACCAUGUCUGACCCACUCAUCCUGCCAUGGCUUCUCUGUUCAUGCCUGUUCUCUGCAGUAACUCUAGCAGCGCUGUAUCUCAAAAGGAAGAUGAAUGGAUUUGUGCCAGGCGGCAGAUCUCCUCCAAGCCUCCCAUCACUCCCCAUCAUCGGGAGUCUCCUCAGCCUCGGAACUGACAGUCCUCCACACAUCUUCUUUCAGCAGCUGCAGAAGAAAUACGGAGAUCUUUAUUCCCUCAUGAUGGGCUCCCACAAAGUCCUGAUUGUGAACAACCACCAUCAUGCAAAAGAGAUCCUGAUCAAAAAAGGAAAAAUAUUUGCAGGGAGGCCACGAACUGUUACAACAGACUUGUUAACUCGAGAUGGGAAAGAUAUAGCAUUUGCUGACUACAGUUCCACAUGGAAGUUCCAUCGGAAAAUGGUGCAUGGAGCUCUUUGCAUGUUUGGUGAAGGUUCAGUUUCUAUUGAGAAGAUAAUCUGCAGGGAGGCCAGCUCUAUGUGUGACAUGUUGACUGAAUCCCAGAACAGUGCUGUGGAUCUGGCACCGGAGCUGACGCGUGCCGUCACAAACGUGGUGUGUGCCUUGUGUUUCAACUCCUCAUACAAACGUGGAGAUGCUGAGUUUGAGUCCAUGCUCCAGUACAGUCAGGGAAUCGUGGAUACAGUCGCUAAGGACAGCUUGGUGGAUAUUUUCCCAUGGCUGCAGAUAUUCCCAAACAAAGACCUCAAAAUCCUAAAACAGUGUGUUUCAAUCAGAGACAAACUGCUUCAAAAGAAAUACGAGGAACACAAGGUGGAUUACAGCGAUAACGUCCAGCGGGAUCUAUUGGAUGCACUUCUGAGGGCCAAACGCAGCUCAGAGAAUAACAACACCAGCACUCACGAUGUUGGUUUAACUGAAGACCACGUGCUCAUGACUGUGGGGGACAUCUUCGGGGCAGGUGUGGAAACCACUACUACUGUACUCAAAUGGUCAAUAGCUUACCUUGUCCAUAAUCCACAGGUGCAGAGAAAGAUUCAGGAGGAGCUGGACAAUAAGACUGGAAAAGACAGACACCCUCAGCUCAGUGACAGAGGGAAUUUGCCUCAUCUUGAGGCCACUAUAAGAGAAGUUCUGAGGAUCCAACCUGUCUCCCCACUUCUCAUCCCUCAUGUGGCGCUCCAAGACUCCAGUGUGGGAGAAUACACUGUGCAGAAAGGAACCCGAGUCAUUAUUAACCUGUGGUCUUUACAUCACGAUGAGAAGGAAUGGAAGAAUCCUGAGCUGUUUGACCCAGGGCGAUUUCUGAAUGAGGAGGGUGAUGGUUUGUGCUGCCCUUCGGCCAGCUAUCUGCCCUUCGGCGCAGGGGUUCGAGUUUGUCUCGGCGAGGCCCUGGCAAAGAUGGAACUCUUCCUCUUCCUGUCAUGGAUUUUGCAAAGGUUCACGCUAGAGAUGCCCACUGGCCAGCCUCUGCCUGACCUCCAGGGCAAGUUUGGUGUGGUUCUUCAACCCAAGAAAUUCAAAGUCAUUGCUAAACUAAGAGCAGAUUGGGAAAACUUCCCACUAAUGCAGCACUGCUGAGUAAAUGAUGUGUCUUUUGUACUCUUGGGACAUUUGUCAUUUUUUAUGAAGCCCGCUAUCAAAUAUCACAAAUCAGACAUGAAUAUAAUUCAUAUCUUGAGACAGUGUGACUCUAUGAUCAACAGUAAUUGAGCAGAGUACAACAGUCAGGUUCUGGAGGUAAAAAUCCCAUUCAUUUUCUCCAUGGGGAAUUGAUUUUUAAUUGAACUGUUAAUCGAUGGUAUGUGCUUUUGUUGAAGUCAUCAGUCCACAUUAUUUCAACUUAUUUUUAAUCAUGGAAUUCUUUAUGACAAACUACAUUACCCAUAAUUCUGCAAAGAAAUGUCCACCAAUCAGAAAAUCAAAACAAGCAAAAAAGAACACUUUAGCACCUGCCCUCUCCUAUGAAGCAGUGAAUGAUGUCAAUCUCUCUGCAUUCUCAAAUACUUAAAUUUGUAAAUAUACAUGCAUAUUUUACAAUAAAUGUAAAUAUGUAUUGCUUCUAUAUACGCAUAAUCAUCUUUAAAUCAAGUUAUUUU